AUGGAUCCCGGAACUCUCAAACACUACCUGGCUGACAGCCCGCCUACGGUUGUGCCGCUGGCCAUCAAGCCUCACUUUGAAGCUCUCAACGACCAGCAGAAGCUCUACUCGCACUACCUCUCCAUUGCUUGCUUCGCCGGGACGCGCAUUGUCCUCCGCCAAAUCUCCCCCGAGUCCGAGCACAUCUACGACUUCAUCGUCACCCUCCACCGUCAUUACAAGGGAGAUUGGAAGAAGGCCCAGAAGGAUGCUGGUCUGUCGGACGACGAGCUCAACGCGUUCUUGGACUAUGCUGCUCAGUUCCUGGGCAACGCCGGCAACUACAAGAGCUUUGGUGAUUCCAAGUUCAUUCCGCGCCUUGAGACCAGGCAGUUGAAGGCCCUCGCUACUCUAACCCCAGAAUCGCUGCAACAGUAUGAAAGGUUCAAGGACGACAUCUUCGCGGACAAGUCCGUGGAGUCGAUGCACCUGGGAUAUCCCGAUGCCGGCCACUUGUCUACGUACUACCCCGACUCUCCGAGCAUCACCAAGGACGAGAUCACCACCAUCAGUGAUUUCCUGGAGAGCAAGAGGCUGCUUCCCGAGAACACCAGAGUCAGGAAGACAAAGGAUGGCUUCGAGGUCCUGAUUGCAUCUUCGCUUAGCUCGCCCUCGAAGGACCAGCGCGACAUCCCCGAGUCUGAGUGGGAGCUGGACGGCAAGCUCAAGGGCAAGAAGCUCAAGCUCGUCUUCGGCGACUACUCCAAGGAGAUGGCUACCAUCGCCGACGCGAUCAAGAAGGCGAGACAAUACGCCAGCAAUGACACCGAGAAGUCUAUGUUGGAUGCUUACGAGAAGUCAUUUACUACCGGCUCUCUCGAAGCGUACAAGGAUAGCCAGAGGUUCUGGAUCAGAGAUAAGGGUCCUAUGGUUGAGACUGACAUCGGCUUCGUGGAGACCUACCGUGACCCUCACGGAAUUCGUGGUGAAUGGGAGGGCUUCGUGGCCAUGGUCAACAAGGAGAGGACCAAGGCUUUUGGUGCGCUGGUAGAGGCUGCUCCUACUCUCAUUCCUCGCUUGCCGUGGAAGAAAGAAUUCGAGAAAGACAAGUUCCUCAGCCCCGACUUCACGUCCCUCGAGGUUCUUACCUUUGCCGGCAGCGGCAUCCCUGCGGGUAUCAACAUUCCCAACUAUGACGACAUCCGUCAGAAAGAAGGUUUCAAGAACGUGAGCCUGGGCAACGUUCUUUCUGCAAAGGCGCCGAACGAGAAAAUCCCUUUCAUCAAGGACAGCGACGACGAAGUUUACAGGAAGUUCCGUGACCCCGCCUUCGAGGUUCAGGUCGGACUUCACGAGCUGCUUGGUCACGGAUGCGGUAAGCUCUUGCAGGAGACUUCUCCGGGUGAAUACAAUUUCGAUGUCAAGAGCCCUCCGGUCAGCCCCCUGACCAACGAGCCGGUUACCACCUGGUACAAGCCCGGGCAAACCUGGGGAUCAGUGUUUGGCCCCGUUGCUGCCAGCUACGAAGAGUGUCGUGCAGAGUGCGUCGCCAUGGCUCUGUCCUGCGACUUCGACAUCCUCAAGAUCUUCGGUUUCGGCUCUGGCGAAACGGACAUCAAUGGCGAAGGAGGCGACGUGCUGUACGCAGGCUACCUUAGCAUGGCUCGUGCGGGUGUCGCUGCGCUUGAGUUCUGGGACCCAAAGUCACGCAAGUGGGGACAGGCGCACAUGCAAGCACGCUACUCCAUCCUGCGCGUAUUCCUGAACGCUGGCAAGGAGUUCUGCGAGCUUGAGUACACGAAGGAUGACCUGUCCGACCUCACAAUCCGCCUCGAGAGGAGUAAGAUUCUUAGCCACGGCCGUGUGGCUGUGGAGAAAUACCUCCAGCAACUGCACAUCUACAAAGCUACGGCGGACGUCCAGGCCGGCACCAAGAUGUACAACGACAUCACUCAUGUCGAUGAUUUCUUCGCGGAUAAGGUCAGGCCUGUCGUGCUUGCCAAGAAGCAGCCCAGGAAGGUGUUCGUUCAGGCCAACACGGUGGUGGAGGGUGACAAGGUUGCUUUGAAGGAGUAUGAGGCCACUGCAGAGGGCAUUAUCCAGAGCUACGCAGACAGGGAGUAUAUUUAG